GAUGCUAAGAGCCAAGAUCCUUGUGGGCUGAAUCUUUAACACCGAACUUGACAAUGGCCAGGAUCCUUCCAAAGGUGUCCACUUGCCGACUCCAGGUCAACUCUGGUGCUUUGCCCUCUCAGCGGUGACGGCAGGGCUGGACUCCCCCUCAAGGAUUACCGGGCUAGGAGAGCAGGAAGGGUUGUCCUGUGAGGCAGUACACCUGGACCAGCUCUCCCUGCCUGCCACUACAAUGGCGUCGUAGGGGUUAAGGCGGGCGGGGCGGGGCGGCGGGAGGAGCCCUCGCGGAAGCCGGCCAGGCACCGAGGCGCGCGCGGAGCCGGGUGGCCGCAGCGUCCCCGCGCGCGGCCGGGCCAGGUAGGAACGCAGAGCCGCAGCCGCCUCGCCAUGCGGCUGCCGGACCGGAGGCCUGGGCUGGGGCCCGCGCCACCCCCCGCGCGCCGCCCCCGCUGAGCCCGCGCCCGAUAGGGCGCCGCAGGCACCAUGGUGCAGAAGUCGCGCAACGGUGGCGUGUACCCCGGCACCAGCGGGGAAAAGAAGCUCAAGGUGGGCUUCGUGGGGCUGGACCCCGGCGCGCCCGACUCCACACGCGACGGCGCGCUACUCAUCGCGGGCUCCGAGGCCCCCAAGCGCGGCAGCGUUUUGAGCAAGCCGCGGACGGGCGGCGCGGGAGCCGGGAAGCCCCCGAAGCGCAACGCCUUCUACCGCAAGCUGCAGAAUUUCCUCUACAACGUGCUAGAGCGGCCCCGCGGCUGGGCGUUCAUCUACCACGCCUACGUGUUCCUUUUAGUCUUCUCCUGCCUUGUGCUUUCUGUGUUUUCCACCAUCAAGGAGUACGAGAAGAGCUCUGAGGGGGCCCUCUACAUCUUGGAAAUCGUGACUAUCGUGGUAUUCGGUGUUGAGUACUUUGUGAGGAUCUGGGCUGCAGGCUGCUGUUGCCGGUAUCGAGGCUGGAGGGGCAGGCUCAAGUUUGCCAGGAAGCCGUUCUGUGUGAUUGAUAUCAUGGUGCUGAUUGCCUCCAUUGCUGUGCUGGCUGCUGGUUCCCAGGGCAAUGUCUUUGCCACAUCUGCGCUUCGGAGCUUGCGGUUCUUGCAAAUCUUGCGGAUGAUCCGUAUGGACCGGAGGGGUGGCACCUGGAAGCUCUUGGGAUCGGUAGUCUACGCUCACAGCAAGGAGCUGGUGACUGCCUGGUACAUUGGCUUCCUCUGCCUCAUCCUGGCCUCAUUUCUGGUGUACUUGGCAGAAAAGGGUGAGAAUGACCACUUUGACACCUACGCAGAUGCACUCUGGUGGGGUCUGAUCACCCUGACGACCAUUGGCUACGGGGACAAGUACCCUCAGACCUGGAACGGGAGGCUGCUGGCAGCGACCUUUACCCUCAUUGGUGUCUCGUUCUUUGCUCUUCCUGCUGGCAUUUUGGGAUCCGGCUUUGCCCUGAAAGUCCAAGAGCAGCAUCGGCAAAAACACUUUGAGAAACGGCGGAACCCUGCGGCAGGUCUGAUCCAGUCUGCCUGGAGAUUCUAUGCUACUAACCUCUCACGCACCGACCUGCACUCCACGUGGCAGUACUACGAGCGGACAGUCACUGUCCCCAUGUACAGCUCACAAACUCAAACCUAUGGGGCCUCCAGACUCAUCCCACCUCUGAACCAGCUGGAGCUGCUGAGGAAUCUCAAGAGCAAAUCUGGACUCACCUUCAGGAAGGAGCCACAGCCAGAGCCAUCACCAAGUAAAGGCAGACCGUGCCGAGGGUGCCUGUGUGGAUGCUGCCCCGGACACUCUAGUCAGAAGGUCAGUUUGAAAGAUCGUGUCUUCUCCAGCCCCCGAGGCAUGGCUGCCAAGGGAAAGGGGUCUCCCCAGGCCCAGACGGUCCGGCGGUCCCCCAGUGCGGAUCAGAGUCUUGAUGACAGCCCGAGCAAGGUGCCCAAGAGCUGGAGCUUUGGUGACCGCAGCCGCACACGCCAGGCUUUCCGCAUCAAGGGUGCUGCAUCCCGGCAGAAUUCAGAAGAAGCAAGCCUCCCUGGGGAGGACAUCGUAGAGGACAACAAGAGCUGUAACUGCGAGUUUGUGACUGAAGAUCUUACCCCUGGCCUCAAAGUUAGCAUCAGAGCUGUGUGUGUUAUGCGGUUCUUGGUAUCUAAGCGAAAGUUCAAAGAGAGUCUGCGCCCAUAUGAUGUGAUGGACGUCAUCGAACAGUACUCGGCUGGACACUUGGAUAUGUUGUCCCGCAUCAAGAGCCUGCAGUCCAGGCAAGAGCCCCUGCCUGUCCAGUCUGGGCAUGAACAGGGCCCUCCGGGACAAAACCAGGCAUGGCACAAGGGGCACCAAGGGCUGGGUGACAGGAUAGAUAUGAUUGUGGGCCCCCCACCCCCUUCAACUCCCCGGCACAAGAAGUACCCUACCAAAGGACCCACGGCCCCUUCGAGAGAGUCACCCCAGUACUCACCUAGAGUGGACCAGAUUGUGGGGCGGGGCCCAACAAUAACGGAUAAGGACCGCACCAAAGGCCCAGCGGAAACGGAGCUGCCCGAAGACCCCAGCAUGAUGGGACGGCUUGGGAAGGUGGAGAAACAGGUCUUGUCCAUGGAAAAGAAGCUCGACUUCUUGGUGAGCAUCUAUACACAGAGAAUGGGCAUCCCACCAGCAGAGACAGAGGCCUAUUUUGGGGCCAAGGAGCCUGAGCCGGCACCACCCUACCACAGCCCAGAGGACAGCCGUGACCAUGCAGACAAGCAUGGCUGUAUCAUUAAGAUCGUCCGCUCCACCAGCUCUACGGGCCAGAGGAACUACGCAGCACCCCCAGCCAUCCCCCCUGCCCAGUGUCCUCCCUCCACCUCGUGGCAGCAGAGCCACCAGCGCCAUGGCACCUCCCCUGUGGGAGACCAUGGCUCACUGGUACGCAUCCCACCACCCCCUGCACACGAGCGGUCGCUGUCUGCCUACGGUGGGGGCAACAGAGCCAGUACCGAGUUCUUGAGGCUGGAGGGCACCCCAGCCUGCAGGCCCUCUGAGGCUGCCCUGCGGGAUAGCGACACGUCCAUCUCCAUCCCUUCGGUGGACCAUGAGGAGCUGGAGCGCUCCUUCAGCGGCUUCAGUAUCUCCCAGUCCAAGGAGAACCUGGAUGCCCUGGGCAGCUGUUAUGCAGCUGUGGCACCAUGCGCCAAGGUCAGGCCCUACAUUGCAGAGGGAGAGUCUGACACAGACUCAGACCUCUGCACACCAUGUGGGCCUCCCCCACGCUCUGCCACUGGUGAGGGCCCCUUUGGAGAUGUGGCUUGGGCAGGGCCCAGGAAAUGAGUCUGGGCUGGGCUGCUGGCCCCAUGCCACACCCACUCUUGUUCGGUUUUAGAACUGGAGUUCCAGGGCCUUUCUUAAAGUGACAGAGUGACAUAGAGUAGUGUGGGUUGUGAGGAUGCUCAUGGGAUCUGGCUCUCAGGGUUCAUGUGGAGUGGGGAUGAGGCAGGGCUCCUUAGCACACACAGUAACAUUUUAUAGAAGUUCUUUUCCAACCAGGAGAGGGAGGUUGAGGCCGGGCCCUGGGGGCCUUGGGAGCUACCUAUGGCAGCAAAGCUAGCCCUACCUAGUCUUCUUGGGUGACAUAUUGCCCUGUGAGUGAGGAAGGACAGCAUGAUGGUUAGCACCUGUGAGUUGGGGUGUGGCUGGGAGCAAGUACACGGGACGUAGUGGCGAAACAGGCAUGUCUCCUGCUGAUGGCCAGUCCUGGAGCUUGUGGGUCUCUCAAUUUAGGCUGGAAGUUCAGAGGUAUAGUAGGUUGCUGGAAAUGGCCCACUCUCACACCUGACUGCUUAUCCCUCUAUCCCUGACUGCCCCAGUAAAGCAUUACCAGGCUCACUGUUUGCGUGUGGUUGGGUAAUGCCCCUCAUCUGUGAGUACCUAGCUAGAGAGCUGCCAACAUCUUCCUCCCUCUUCCAGGUUAUGUGGAUCUUUCCAUGGGAGCCAUCCUUAGGUCAGAACCCCUUUCCUGGAGCUGAGGAAGGGGUGAGGCCUUAGGGACCAAUCUGGAGCUUAGAAUUGACCCUUAGACUCUCCUGACUUCCACCUCUUAGGGGAAGACUCAACUCACAGCCUUUUCUGAAAAGGUUUCUUCAGCAGGUUCUGGCUGGCUCAUCCCUGGCACUGUAGCCCAGAAGGUAUGAGUUGACACUUCAUGGCCUCUGCUUUUUCCUGGUGUGGCACUGGCCUCCAGGCUGUGGCCAGCACUUCAAGAGAACCACCAGAUAAGCAGGCCAGCAUUGUCCUUAGCCAGGACACCUCCUUGCCUGCUGCCCACUUGGCUCUACAGAUUCAGGCAGGGCUAAAUGAUGUCUUCAAACUGCCAGCUCUUUCUACACGAGAGCGUGGCCUUUGAGCCUGGUCAAGGAUCCUUCCCACAGAAGCUGGCCAUCCAGUCAUUUAUCCACUAAUAGGUCCCUGGUCUGUGGCCCCUGUGUUUGAGGAAUUAGGACACCUUGUCCUCUACUCCGGUGAGGAGUAAUCUCUGUCCAUCAUGUGAGUGGGCAUCUUGGACCAUCUAGCAUUCAGCUUUAGAGAGAGACAAGGUAGAAUAGAGCCCUCAGUUGUGGCCCCAUAAUAUCUGGCCCAGAGGUGCCCGGCAUUGAAUGAUAACAUUUUGGGGUGGGGCCCCCAGACUUACUUGCUCUCAGCUUUCCUGGUCACUGAGGGCAAGUGGUAUAGAGCUUGUGCCUGGGCAGAGCUCUAUCUAUUUCUUUCACCCUUUUGAAAAGUGUAUUCUGGCAAGGGUAAAGGCAGUGGGAGGAGGGCUAUGCUCAGCAGGAGGUACCCCAUCCCUGAGGAGAGCUGGAGUCAUGUCUCUGCCAGGGACCUGGGUAUUUGGAGAGCUAUGUCUGUUGUCUGCUGUAACCUUCAUGUCCUCCCUGUUAGGGCUACUAGGAUCUCACCUCAGGGUGCCUCUGCUAGAAUCCAAGUGUGGAGCCUGUCUGUUUGUUCCAAUAUGUACACAUUGGUUCUCUAAGGCAGUGCUAUAGUCAAGAACUUCUUGGUAUGAGAGAUGUAUACAGGAAGAAUAGCUAUACACUCAAGAGUCUUCUCUUGGUGAGUUGAGCCUGGGUCUGCGCUCCUCCAUCUCUGUGUCAGGACAGGAAGAGUCUAGAGCAGAGGGACAAACACAUCUGCCUGGACAAACCAACAGCCAGAGCACUCCUUCCUUAGACCUGGGCAGACCGUAGCUAUCUCAGCCUCAGGGGAUGUGGGAAAGAGGUUUUAUCUCCCCUACAUGCUCCAUACAGCAUGUCUUGCCUCAUACAUAGCUCCAAGUCCUGUCCCCAGAGCUGCCACAGAUACCAGAGCCUGGUGUGCCCUGAGCUGGGGUUUUGUGGGAUGAAGUAGGUGAACAGACACCCCCUUCCCAGAAACCCUGGACACAUAGAAUUUAUCAGAAGUCCUUCCUUACAGCAAGAAUGAGAUGAGGAGGCAUGACUUCUCUGCAAAUGAGGAACACUGGUCAAGUCUGCCAUGUUGGCUACACAGAGGAAGGGAGUCUAUCUCAAGGGGUGACAUAGAAGCUCUGAUGUGAGAGAUGAUGGAGCCCUUUCUUAGGGACAGAUCCAUGCUUAAACAACACAAAUGUCCACUGCCUUGGCAUCCCCACCGGCAAAGAAGCAAGACAGGAUGGAGGCUGAAGGCUCCUACAAGAAAUCUGUGCACUUUCUUGGGUGCACAUGUGACCAAGUAUGGCUGAAGGCCAAUGGCUGCCCCAUGGCAAAAUUUUCCUCAGAAAACAUUUGUCCUAACACAUUCCAUCACAUGCCCACCAACACAUGCCCAUACACUAGACACAAAUGUAUAUUCUCAUAAGUGCACACCAAAAUUUACCACAUUUUCAUAUGCACACACAAGAAUACAUACAACAGGUGUACUUUCAAACAUGUAUUUCUUAUUAUACGUGCAAGCUCACACACAGUUUGUCAGACCACACAUAACAGGUAUACAUACACACAUGAACACAAUACAAACAUAUAGGCUUAUAGGCUACAUCCUAUUCCACAUUUACACAUACAGCAGGUACCCACUUUUAUACCUGAAUAUUUACAUAUAUGAACACAUAUGUAUGAGUAACCUGUAUGUAUAAUGCACACACACAUGUAGGCUGUCUCUCUCUCUCUCUCUCUCUCUCUCUCUCUCUCUGUGUGUGUGUGUGUGUGUGUGUGUGUGUGUGUGUCUACACACACACCACUUUUUCUCUUGUGUCUUCCUGAUGGAAGCUGCCUAGGCAGGGUGCACAAGAAUUAAUGGUGAAUGUUCUAAAAUGGUGAACACUGACUGGGGUCAGAGUCCUGGUUAUCUAGGACUUCUGAGCAACAGUGGUAGAGAGUCCACCUAGAGACCAUUGAGUUCCCACACUGCCCUCUCCCUGGACUAAGUGGUGGCUGGCUGCAGGUACUGAGGGUGUGGCUAGGUCAGGGUGAGGGUAGUUCUAGUUCGUACUGAGGUCCAGACCAGUCUUUGCCUUGGGUUAAUCUUGGUAUUGGCCAUUUCCCAGUGUCCGCCUGUACACAUGCCCGCCUUGUUGUGCCAGGCUGUGAUUGGCAUUUCCUGGCUUGAGUUCCUGUCCCUUUUGAUUGUGGCCUCUGGAAAGUGCACUCUUGUCUAACAGGGCCAAAAUACCUGGGCUGAGAGCCCAUCUGCUGUCUUACCUGUGGUCUUGGCAGAUCAAGUGGCCAUUUGAGGUCAUAAAUUAGCUCCUGGUUAUGCUCUCACGUUUAGGGCCCUCACUGGAAAGCCCCAUGUAGAAGCUGGGGAGUCACUAGACACUACAUGGGCCUCCUCGGAGGAGACACUCUGAACUGUAGUCAUCCUCAGAUCCUAGACACAGGAGAUAUACAUCCAGGACCACCGUCCACCUUUAAUUCACUGGUUUAAGGUUUUCUCCCCUCGAGCUGGUAGCUCAAGAUUCAGAAUGUGGAAGAGGGGGCCACCCUGCCUUCUGCCUCCCCUACUGGAUUUAUCCUAUAUCAGGGGCACUGUGAAGAACACCCUUGCUUUUUGUAAAAAGAGUUGAUCCCAGAGAGGUCUUCAGACUUUCCCCCAGAUGUAAGACUCUGGGAUGGGGAUGCUGUUCUGACACACAGCAUCUUGUGUCUUUCAGCUGUAAGCAGUGCACAGAGUAGAGGCUAAUUCACUUGUCCACGGCUCACACCCCAACAUCUGAAGGACAACAUUUAGGCCUUUCCCUGAGGGAGAACACACCCUCUUGAAAUAAACAUGAAAAAUGUUGUUUGAACAGUGGGGCCCACUGUAUGGGGGGGCUCAGAGGUGUCUGGCACACCUUUUAUCCCAACAGGGUAGAUCAGAGUUAAGAGUAGAUAAUCUAUCUAUACAGGGUACCCCUGAAGUCCAGGCUCACAUGGCUGUAAUCAGAUACUGAUGUGGCAUCUGCUGCCCUGGAGCAGAGAGGUCAGCCCUCUCCCCUGAGACCUCCAAGGGCACAGGAUGUAGGGUUUGGGGAAAGAAGUCCAGGAAAUGUCUGCAGGCAAGUCUGUCAGGCUGUCCUAGGCUCCUGCUGUGUCCCAGCUGAGCUAAGGGGGUAAGAGCUUCUCAGAGGAGGUGUUAAGAUGGCAAUGAAGAUUUCUAGAGGAGACCCAGGUGCCUCUUCCUUCUGAGGAAUCUUCAUGUGUGCUCAGCACAUGCCCUGGAGCCUAGGGGGCCCAGUGUCCCUGGAAGUGAACAAAUUUGGGCCACAGUUGGCUGAAUUUUGCUUGUCUGUGAGGUAGUGCCGGCAAUAUGCCUUGGGAGGGGCACCAGGAAAUGGGGUAGAGAAAAAGGGUUAGACCCUAGGAAGGAGGCCCACCAAACAUCCAGAGAUGCCUGGGUUUUAUGUUCGUUCAGAACUCUGUCUGUGAUGCUGGCGUUGGUGCCCUAGCUGACAAAGGAAUCUGGGUCUGUCCCACGACCCAUCCUGAAGUUCCCCUGGUGUCGAACCCUCUGUCAGAGAAGGGAUAGUCUCUAGACUGUGUUUCUGGGACUCUCAGGCAGGAGUGCACAUCGCUAGUACCGCACAUCCAACUGGGACCGGCUUUUACAGAGUUGUUGCCUUAAUGUAUGUUGAGGGCCAUUCACCAAGGUCACCCCUGCCUCUGCCUGAUACAGACACUGGACUCCAUCUCCAGGUCCUGCGACUGGAGAGGAGUGCUGGCAUGAUGAGCUGUCACUAGUAGUCCCACGUGGAGGGGCUCAAAGCUGUGACCCCCUUGACGUCAUCUACCUGCCUGGGACGGCUCCAUAGACAGUGCAGCGCACCCUGCGCUUCCAGUCCACACCUGCCCAUUGCAGUCCUGUACCCCGGCCGCAGCUGCGGCCGCAGCUUCCCCAUCUGCGCUGUUGCCUUUGGCUGUCUUUGCACUUUUGUUCAUGCUCCAAAGAAUAUUUCAUAAUGCCUUCAUACUGAUGUGCACCCUAGCCAUUUUGUACGUGCCCUUGGGCCACAGCGACUGGCCUCCUCCUUUGGGCCAGCGUGCCGCCAUCUGCACACGACGCUGUCUUCUAGGGAUAGAUGCCCAGGGAAUGAACUCUAGUUUUCUAACGGACUAGCUGAGAUGCUAACUUACUCAACGUGAACAGGAUGAUAUGUGUGCUGUGUGGGCGGGCCAACGUGUGCUCGCAGGGAACUUUGGGGCAGAAUCCUGCAGCAGGGAUGCAUGCAGAUGGUUCUGGAAAGCUUUGCUGCCGCAGGGCUAAGUUCAGAUGCCCAGUGGACCUGGGCACUUAGUAAAACACAGUGAUUCAACCUGGAA